GGGUACUUCCGAUUGUUUCAACAUAUAAUACAAAUUCUCUAGACAUCAUUGCAGAAGUUGAAGUAAACCCAAGAGAACUCCAAGGACAAGUUUCAAGAUGUACAGACAAUUGAUUUCACUGCUAUUAUUAUUAUUUCUAUGCCAACGUCCUGUUGUUGCUCAGGAAACGGUCGACAAUGAGGCUUCUAAAUGUAUAUGUGAAUGCCAGCAAUAUCACGAGGAACGGGAGGCAGAGCAGGAAAUCCCAAAUUAUCUUCCUCCCCAACAACCACUUUUCCAUGGACAGCCAGGAAUUCCAGGAACUCCUGGCAUCAACGGGAACCAUGGGAUACCUGGGAUGAUGGGUGCUCGGGGACCAAAAGGUGAAAGGGGUCUGAAGGGAUCUAAAGGCGAGAAAUGUGAUUCUUGUCAACAGCUUUCUAAGGAACCACUUGCAGACUGUAAUACCAUUACCAACUGUUCUACCGGACGCCAAGGUCAAAAAGGUGAUAAGGGUGAAAGCGGUGCGAAGGGGGAACAAGGAAUAACUGGAUUACCAGGGGUGGAGAAAAUACAAAUAGCAGAACGAACCAAAGUCGCGUUUUCGGCAGGGCGUACAAAGACGAUGACUUCACAGGAACCUGGUUCUGUAAUCACAUACGACACACUGUUUGUGAACGCAGGAUACGAUUUUGACAAAGACACAGGAAUAUUCACUUGCCGCAUUAAUGGUACUUACUACUUCGUCAUGCAUGUAGCAAAUUUCUAUGAUGUGGGCGAUAAUAAUUUGUAUGUUGAAUUGCUGAAGAACAACAAGCAUAUUGUUAGCGUAUAUCACCAUGAUGACAGUACGUAUAGAGAUUCAGUCUCCAACAGCGUGAUUCUGCACCUAGUAAGAGGUGAUAAAGUUAAGCUUUUCCUUGAAGGUAAUCGCCACCUUUACAGCAGUUCGCGUCGAUUUACCACAUUUUCAGGUUAUAUACUAUUUGUCGAUUAGCACCAUUCAUAUAUUGUUAUAAUAUUUGCAUGUGUGUGUGACAAGAAUCACAGUGUUGCGGUAAUGGACACCUAAUAUGCUAUAUGCAGCCAUUGUAUCUCGACUCAACUACUGUUGAUGCCUGUAGCACUUGCGCCGACUUUUACUCACAUUUGUGCAACUACAAGCAACUAGUUGCGAAGAGUGAUUGUGUCACUUCCGACUAAAUUAUCUACAACAAGUUACCAUGCAAUGCUACCAUAAUUUGAUAAAAUUUUAGUGUACAUGACAUGUGUACAGUUAAUAGAGUACAGUACCACAUGACCAUUCAAUUGCUCAUUAGUUGUUUUGAAUCGUAGCAAAAUAGAAAUGGGCAACUGAGAGCAACUAGUGAUUGGAGCACUCAAGUCGCUUUAAAUUGCAACUCACAGUUGCUGGCAAGUUGCCAAAGGUCAAUUGAUGUCAGUUGAGUUGAGUUGCAAGGGCGGAAAGCGUAGCAGGUGCUGCUUGCCGUACUUAAAUAGAAAUGCUGCAGCCGCAUUUGUAUAUAUUUUUACAGAAAGGCCUAUCAUAUAUUAUUACAAAAUGGUAGAUUGUUAUACAGUAAAUUGUGAUCCUGGUCCUGGGUAAACUUAGGAUAAAUAAUUUGGAUCAAACUUGCAUAAAAUAUAAUGGAACAAAAGCCUGUGUCGAGCUUAAAUGAUCUAAUAAGGGCUUCACGUGUCGAGUAAGCAUCUCGAGUGGGCAUCACAGCGCUUAUUAUAUUUUGAAUAAACAUUGUGGCGCUUAAUCAAGAACAUAUAUUCCAACAUGCUUUGGAAUAACUACCGUAUCCUAUUAAUGAUGCAGAUAAUUCUUUUCAAUUGAAUUUUUUAAAAGUAAUUUUCGUAUUUUCUAGACAUAAUCUUUAACAAUCAAAAAGUAUAUGCCAAAGUGUUCAUUAACAUGUUUAUAUUCAGCCAUAUACCGUAAUUAUUUAUUGCAACUACGGUAAGUGUUGAAUUUUUUUCACUGUAAAUGGUUACCAAUGCUGCAGACUAAUUACAGUACCUGUACAUUAAUGUGACUGUGAUUUGAUCCGAGGGCAACAAUAAAAUCAUCCAUUGACUUA